UCAUUUUUUUAGUAAAUAUUGCUAUUUUACCACAAAAUAAGCCUCUUUCAGCAUUAUUUUUAGUUGGAAAUGCUUAAAAAAAUAUUAAAAAAUUGAAAAUUAACCCGUUUUGAUCUUCUUGGAAUUCAAAACACAAAAAAAAUCAUGCCAGAUUUUAAAAUUACUCCUUUAGGAGCGGGUCAGGAUGUCGGUCGAAGUUGUAUCCUACUGUCGAUGGGCGGCAAAAACAUCAUGUUGGAUUGCGGAAUGCACAUGGGCUUUAAUGACGAGCGUCGUUUCCCGGAUUUCAGUUAUAUCGUGCCCGAAGGUCCCAUCACGUCACACAUCGAUUGCGUCAUUAUUUCGCAUUUUCAUCUGGAUCAUUGCGGCGCGUUGCCCUAUAUGACGGAAAUGGUUGGUUACACGGGCCCCAUUUACAUGACACAUCCCACGAAAGCCAUUGCGCCCAUCUUGCUCGAAGACAUGCGAAAAGUAGCGGUCGAACGCAAGGGCGAAUCGAACUUUUUCACGACACAAAUGAUCAAAGAUUGCAUGAAAAAAGUCAUUGCCGUGACUUUGCAUCAGAGCGUCAUGGUUGAUUCGGAGCUCGAGAUCAAAGCUUAUUACGCGGGGCAUGUUUUGGGAGCGGCGAUGUUUUGGAUUCGCGUCGGAAGUCAAAGUGUUGUGUAUACCGGCGAUUAUAACAUGACGCCAGAUCGACAUUUGGGAGCAGCGUGGAUCGAUAAAUGCAAGCCUGAUUUGUUAAUUACCGAAAGUACGUAUGCGACGACGAUUCGGGACUCGAAACGGUGUCGCGAACGGGAUUUUUUGAAGAAAGUACAUGAAUGCGUUGCCAAAGGAGGUAAAGUUUUGAUUCCGGUUUUCGCUUUGGGACGUGCCCAGGAGCUCUGUAUCCUGCUGGAAACGUAUUGGGAACGGAUGAAUUUGAAAUAUCCCGUUUAUUUUGCCGUUGGAUUGACGGAAAAGGCGAACAAUUAUUACAAAAUGUUCAUCACAUGGACCAAUCAGAAAAUUCGAAAGACUUUUGUGCAACGUAACAUGUUCGAUUUUAAGCAUAUUAAGCCGUUUGACAAGGGAUAUAUCGAUAAUCCGGGCAGUAUGGUGGUUUUUGCGACGCCUGGCAUGUUGCAUGCGGGACUUUCCUUGCAAAUUUUCAAGAAAUGGGCACCGAAUGAGAACAAUAUGGUAAUUAUGCCGGGAUAUUGCGUUCAAGGCACGGUUGGGCAUAAAAUAUUGAAUGGCGCGAAGAAGGUUGAAUUCGAAAAUCGUCAAGUAAUCGACGUGAAAAUGGCUGUCGAGUAUAUGAGUUUUAGCGCACAUGCCGACGCCAAAGGAAUCAUGCAGUUAAUUCAGUACUGCGAACCACGUAACGUGAUGUUAGUACAUGGCGAAGCCGCAAAAAUGGAAUUUCUGAAAGAAAAGAUCAAAGAAGAGUUCAAUAUCGAAUGCUAUACGCCCGCAAAUGGCGAGACAUGUGUCAUUAACACUCCCGUAAAAAUCCCAAUUGACUGCUCAAGCUCCCUGCUGAAGGAAGAAGCGAAAAAAUACAAUUCACUCCCGCCGGAUCCGAAGCGACGUCGUAUUUUGCACGGCAUUUUAGUCAUAAAAGACAAUAAAAUUUCACUUCGACACAUUGACGAGCACUUCAAAGAGGUCACCGGGAUGAAUCGACAUGUCAUUAAAUUCACAUCAUCCAUCAAACUCGAUGACGCAAGCACCAUUCCAGCCAUCACGGAAAAACUUUAUGCCUUAAUUCGCGAGAAACUCUCCGAAUGGACAGUCACAAUGGGCGAAGACCUCACCAUUAAUGUCGAAACGGUGUCAGUUAAAGUUGAAUUGGGUCCCACGGAUUUGCAAAAAAAUAUUUUGCUGUCAUGGACGAAUCAAGAUGAAGAUUUGGGCAGUUAUAUCUUGAAUAUGUUACAAAGUUUAGGUUGAAAAAUCGACUUUUUCUUGAUAAAAAUUACUUUUUUUCGUUAUUUUCCUUUCACAAAAAUAAAAAAAUAUUUUUAAAUACAAAAAAAAAACUUGUUUUUCAGACAGAUACUUUUUUAUUGGGUUAUUUUCUAGUUUUUUUUAUACAUUCGUGUGUUUGUGUUUUUGUUCUUUGUUGUAUAUUUGAAACUCAUUCUCAAUUGCUUUUUGAUGCCUUUUUUAUUAAAACGAAAAUCUUAGCCGGAAAUGCUUCGAUAAUAAUUCAAAAAUAAAUAAAAUUGUUUCAAACUUUUUUCUUUCGUGCAACAUG